AUGGCUAGAAAUAGUGAGAAAGCUAAUGCUAUGCUUAAUAAAUGGCUCCGUAUAAAAAGUGGAUUGGAGCAAGAACAGACUUUGAUUCGACCUCGUCAUACAGCUGAGGUAACUAAUUUGAAAGAAGCUGAAAAAUGGCGUAGCGCCACAAUUAAGGAAAUUAUGUUUAAUAUUAACAAGAUACAAGAUGCCUCUUUGGGUGAAUUUGUCGUUCGUGACUUGAAUGAUGAGAUUAAUCGUCUGAUUGGUAUUAGGAAGCAUUGGGAUGACCGGAUAAUUGAACUUGGGGGGACUGACUAUCGUAGACUUUCUGCCAAUUUGGAAUCGAAUUACGGUUCAGAAUUAAAGGGUGGAGGAACAGGUUACAAAUACUUUGGAGCUGCAAAGAAUCUCCCAGGUGUCCGAGAAUUGUUUGAAAAACAACAAAAAGAAGUUGAACAGAGUUUAAAGGAUGUAUCUAGGGCUGAGUUAUACCAGAUGAUAAACCCUGACUAUUAUGGGUUCAAGGACGAGUUAGAUGAGGAUUUGUUGAUACAAGAGUAUAAUAAAGAACAAGAAUUGUUAACUAAUAGUAAUGUUAUAUAA